AUGGCUGAAACAAAGUUGAGCAGCGUGAAGGAUAAAAGAUGGUCACUAGAGGGAAUGACUGCGUUAGUGACAGGAGGAACCCGAGACAUUGGGUACGCAAUUGUGGAAGAGCUGGCAGAAUUUGGAGCAGCCGUGCAUAUAUGUUCACGAAAUGAAGAUGAUAUUAACAAAUGUCUGGAAGAAUGGAAAAGCAAAGGGUUUAAUGUAACAGGAUCAGUAUGUGAUAUACUUAGUCAUGAACAACGCAAGACAUUAAUUGAAAAUGUUUCUUCUAUCUUUCACGGAAAGCUUAAUAUUCUAGUAAACAAUGCUGCAAAACCUUCAAUGAAGAAAAUAAUAGAUAAUAGCGAUGAGGAUAUAACAAUAUAUGCAGCUACUAAAGGUGCGGUGAAUCAAUUCACGAAAAACUUGGCAUUAGAGUGGGCAAAGGAUAAUAUUCGUGCAAAUGCUGUUGCCCCUGGACCUGUCAAGACUGAACUUUUGGGAUCAGUAAUGGAUGCUUCUGAAGGUAGUAGAGCUAUAAAUGCUGCAUCAUACAUUACUGGACAAGUUAUUGCUGUUGAUGGAGGUUACACUGCUUAG